AUGCAGGAACCAGUGGGAUUGGAAUCUCUGAUCCGUCACAAAAGAAUCACUCAAAACCAAUCAGCAGAGGAUUCGAGAGCAAAGGGAAACACGGAGAGUAACUGUUACCUAUCGCAGGAAUACCUCGACAGCUGUAUGUAUGAAUAUAGCAAUAGUUCCAGGAAAUAUGAAUGUAGCAGCAGUCGCAUGCUGUAUGAAUGCUGUAGCAAUUCUUUAGUGUAUAAAUGCGCUCAGUGUGUAAAGGAACUCUGGAUUGAUGACUAUGAAGGAAGGGGGCUGCGAGGCCGUAGUGUUCUUCGAGAGGCUGGCGAGGCGCGAGGAAAAGUCUUCAGUUCAUCGAAACUCCGAGAAGCCAUUAUGUUGACCCGAAUCCUUCUGCUGUGCCUCGCCUGUGUCGUCUGCGGCCAGGACGACUUCUUCGAUAGAUAUGGAUACACAAAGAUUAUGCAAAAUUGCUUCGGUGCUUCUGUCUACCAAGAGCAUCUCCAGACCUUGCUUGAAGCCCAAAGAGGAUGCUCUGGAAGAUCUUUUGCCGUGAUGCACAGACCUUCCUUUUCGUACAACAAUGUGCAGGAUUCGGACGACCCCUUCCGAGGCUUCGUGUCCACGACUCGGAACAGGAAUCCUUUCGACCUCAACUACAGGCCGAACGAUUUCCAGUCUGGCUUCGACGCUUAUCCCGAGGUGGACCCAACGCCUUUUGAUUCCGGGAACUCCGACAACUAUAGACCUGGAUUUUCCCAGUAUCCUCAGGACACUCCGUCCAGUACAAGCAGACCAGGAUUCUCAACUGUUACUCCGACCACAUUUAGACCUGGAAUCCCGACCACACUUAGACCCGGAUUCCCGUCCACAGUUAGGCCUGGAUUCCCAACCACAGCUAGGCCAGGGUUCUCAACUGUCAUCUUGAGCAACACACCCAGACCACAGUAUCCUGACUUUUCCCAAUAUCCACCACGGAAUCAGGACACAUACGGUUUCCUUGUUGACGGAGAGCAGAUCAGGACCUCACUCUACAAGGUGGAAUCCGGGAUGGGGAACUUCACCUGUGCUCUCCAAAGGCUCAGUGUGAUUGACAGCAACUUGAACAUCAUUCCACAAAACAUAAACAGGCUUGUCCUUGAACGUGUCACGGACAGGAAUCUCAGGCAAGAUCUUCUUAGCGGAAUCAACUUCUGUCGGGAGAUGGUGCAAUGUCUGCCUGAGGACACGGUCGGCACAGCCCUGCGAUACAAGCUUCAGCGGAUCCUCGCCUUCAUGAAGUGUGAGAAGAAGACCCGCCUGGAUGCCUGUCUGAAGCACGACCUCCGGCAGAACAUCCAGCGCUUCGACCUCUCCGCCCUCCCUGACGACGGCGGGAGGACCGGGCCCUUGGAGAAGCUCAUGACCAUCCUCGUGGGGGCGGAAUCCCUCGACCAGCUGGAGCUUUACUGAGCGUCUCUCGGGCUGUUUCCCCGUGAAGGUGUUUUAGUCUCUGCGCCGUCAGUUAUUCCCAUUUUCUCUCUCGAUUUCCCGCUUUCUUUUUCGAAUUUCUACGUCCUGUCUAUGUUUUGGCUCCCGUUUUCUGCGGGAAAAUACUUCCUGUACCAUGAACCGAUGUAUUCUAUCCGGAUUUAUCCGUAUAACUUCAACGUUCAUGUUAUGGUCUGAAUCCAUGACAUAACGUUCAAUGUUUCUUCCGACUGUAAAUGCAAAGACUGGAUAUUUGCAUGUAAUGGACUGCCUGAUUGUCGACGGGUAUCUAGAUGACAAUAAUAAAUCACACAGUAAUAGAUAUGUUACUGUGUUUAUCUGUAUCGUAAUAAACAUUCUCACAAGAAA